AGUGGUUUUGGUUUCUACCAUGGUUUCUACGGUUUUGUCGACGGUUUCCUUCAAAACAUCCCAUGUAUUUAUUUGUAUGUAGCUCUCCUUUCCUCUUUGUAAGCACGAGGAUGAGGUUACUCUACAAGACACUCGUGUUUACAUUAACAUGUACGAUAUUUUGACGUACGUAUAUGCACAUUCAUGACCGGUACUGCUCGAAAAUUCCGGACAUCAACCCCAGCCUGUCGUUCAUCGCGUUCGUGUGCUUAUUUGCGGAAGCUGUUGGAAAGGAUCCGGGAGCAUCCAUCCUUUAAAGCACAAUGGCUGCAAAUGGUGUCGUCUGCAUUACACAGGAGCCUCACGAAACAAGAUGUUUCUCUCCCACGGACCAUGGAACGACAGGGGAACUUGUGACAGCUGACUGCCCAGAAUGGACAGAACCUGUGGGUGUCCCCAUACACGUCAAGGAAGAAUGUUGCAGUGAAGGCCAUUCUGCUCUACCGGAAACUGAAGGCAGCACCGAGGAGAUGAUCCUGAGCGACUAUCCUGAGACAACAAUUACUGCAGAUGACUCCAGAAGCAUUGUGGAAGGACCCUACAGGAUCACAUGCCACAGAAACACUUAUGGGCUUGUGACAGGAGCCACAGUCACUGGUGGUGUGAAGAAGGAGCCACAGGAUUGCCACAGCUCCCAAACUUCGCGUUGCAGCAUUGUAAAUCCACAGACUCUGUCAAUUGAAGGCCUUGAGCUUUCUUGUGACCAUGACAGGACAGAAAAAGUGAAAUCAUUCCAACGUGAACUAUAUCCUGCCACCUUUGCACUUUCCACGGGGAUGACGAGACACGUGGCAGUGCACAAAGAAAAGAAACAGCGCACGUGUGAACUAUGUUCCAGAGCAUUUACACGAUCUGAAAGCCUGAAACGACACAUGGCAAUACACGCGGGAGAAAAGCCGUGCAAGUGUGAACUCUGUCCCGCAGAAUUUUACCAGAAUGGAGCUCUGAAAAUUCACAUGAGAACACACACGGGAGAGAAGCCAUAUAAAUGUGGACUCUGUUCCGCCAGGUUUGGUUGGUCCGUAGACUUAAAGCGACACGUCGCGGCGCACGACGGUGUGAAGCCGUACAAGUGCGAACGGUGUUCCACCGCGUUCGCCCGAUCCGGAGACCUGAAGAGACACGUGGCAAGGCACGAAGAAGAGAAGCCGUACAUUUGUGAUCUGUGUUCUUCCACCUUUGGCUGGUCCGCGGACUUGAGAAGACACAUGGCGACGCACGACGGAGUGAGGCCGUUCACGUGCAGACUGUGCCUCACCGCGUUUGCUCGUUGUGCAGACCUCAAGAGACACGUGUCCGUGCACAAAGGGGAGAAGCCAUUCAAGUGCGAGCUCUGUUCCACCACGUUUGCCCGGUCCGGCGACUUCAACAGGCACACGAGAAUACACAGGGGAGAGAAGCCGUUCAAGUGCCAACUUUGUUCUACGACGUUCUCUAGGCCCGAGAACCUCAAGAGACACGCUAAAAUGCACGGUGAAGUACCGUUCACGUGAAAUCCAUCCUGCGUUGCAUCCCUACGGUCUGACGGCACUUGAGUUGGACGCAUGCGGGAGUUGAGUGAUGUAACGCCUGUACAGAAGAGAAGCAACACGACCUAGAUACAGAAAGCCUGCACGCUCGUCGACGUGACGUAACAAUUAAGAGUCAGUAAAUCCGGACCGUGUUUUCAAUGGCGGCAGCCAAUCACGAACGUGCUUUCAGCGGUCGUGGCCAUGAAGACGAGCCACCGUCGUCUGCAAGUUGUCAUUGAAUGUCCCCGCGUACUAAAUGAGAAAACUUGGAAAUAAAGCGCAAAACGGUCUAAAUCUUUCUCAUAAGUGAUUUUCUGGAAAGCGUCUUGCACUUUGUGUCUAAAUAUUUAGAUCUGCAGGUUCCAGGUGAGCUGCAGUCAUUUGCGGGUUCUCGAAUUCGCACAACGGUGAAUCGCAGUAGCGGAUUAAUUCGGACUCGUAAUAUCCACGUAGCGAAGGAGGGAGAGGGGCAAUGAGCAGGCUUUAUGUAUCUAGGGGGCGUUGACUGAAGUCACUUAUACUCAUGUCACACUGGCAGUCUUAACCAUGGUUACGCUUAACUGCAGUUACGCUUAACCGCCGUUACCC